UUAACCUUACGUGUACUCUCAUCCUUGACUUUGAUUGAGACCUGACUUUUUGCAUAAGUGUCAUAUAGAUCGAUGACGCUAGUCCUCUUUCUGAAUAAUCGACACCUUCACAUGCACACUCUAUCUGUGGUUCAACUUCCUUGACGCGCGGACACGUGAACACGUGAUAACGUGUUUCUGUAUACCCGCGGGUCUACAAUUGAAAACAUUCGCGCUUUUGACCUGACGAUUGAAAUGACUGAAACGAGCAUUACAGGAGACAGUGGUGUAUCAAGAGAGGCAGCAAGCCCCCUUUUUCAAGGGAAGCAGUUCUGGUUGUCUCACAACAUCCCCCAAAGAAGAUGGUUCAAGGAAUUGAUUGAGAAAAACGGCGGUACUAUACGGUUGCUAGAGAAGGAUGCAGAUAUCAGAUUGGUUGAUCAUAAGAGAAAGAACUUACCCUCUGACACGUACUCUUUCAAAUAUGUCGAAGACUCACACCGCCGGGGAAAGCUACAGAACCUAGAGAAUUAUAGAGCUGGGCCUUCUGAAGCACGCCCCGUAGGGGCUACCAACAUUCCCACCCGAGGCCAUAAGAUCCCCUAUACUCUUGAAGAUGACCAGUUGCUCUGGGAUUGGAUGCAACCCCACGAGAGAAACCCUAAGGCCUCCAUCAGAGGCAACAAGAUCUAUCAAGAGUUAGCCGAGAAGCAUCCAAGGCACACGUAUCAAUCAUAUCGGGAUCGGUACCUCAAAAGGCUCAAGGGGCAUCCACGCCCUGGUGGCAUGCCAGAAGCAACAGAUCAAGCUGCACCUGAUGAGCCCUCGAAUUUAGCUACUCGCGCAGUCCAGUCUGAACUUCGAGGAGGGACUACACCAGGGGCUGAGUCUACUGCCAUCCAAACAACUGACAAGAAAAGGAAACGGGAUUCUGAGGAUACUCCUGAGGAAGGCAAUGUAGACAAUCCUGACAAGCUUAGUCUGAAGAAACCAGCUACCGAGGUCAAUAUCAACCUUCCAGACCCUUUCAUCUCCGAACCUCAAACAAAAGUGGCUGCAGUAUCACAUUCAGCGACAGCAUCCAACGGACAGAGACCAACUCCUGGGGCAAAAGAGGCGAGAGAAAACGGGGCCACUCGAAAAUCAAAAGCUCCAGCUAAGGAGCCACAGCAGCCUUCACAGCCAGACCCCCUGUUUCUAGAGCUCCCAUUUUUGCCUUCUGAUGAUGAGCCUGAAGACGAAGAUGUAGAGCAGGAUAUCGACGCAUGGAUCGAUGAACGACUUCAUACCGGAAAGGCUCAGCAUGAGGAACAAAUACACCAAGCACUGCGGUGCACCAGCAUGGAUCCAGAAUUAGCUGACAGGGUCCUGGCUAUCCUAGUAGAAGGGAAACCUAUACCGGAUGAUAUGCCCGGUGUUUGGACACCUGAAGAUGACAAAUGCAUAGAAGGAAAUGAGUCUCGAGGCAUUCAACGAGUCAUGGAGAAGCAUGGGACGGAGGCCUUCAACAAUCGCUGGGAGUACCUCAGCAUGGUCAGAGAGGCCGGUCUUCUGGAUACCCGAUGAAUAGGACUCCGCAAUUUCAAUAUUCCGGAACCGCGAACUAAUAAAUAAUAAUGUACAUGGAUCCUGAGACGCUCAAAAAGGCACAAAGACAAAAUUCCGGAAAUCCCAUGAUACCCAAAGAGCAAUAGUGCGAAUGAGUUCGCGAAGACCCGGGGUAGCUGGCCCAGUCCCGUUGUAUGCUGGUGUUGGUUCUCUUCAAGCUGGAGAACUUUAUGGGGGUCCAUGUCGAGAGUAGCCCAGGCCAUUGUCUUACACUUAGGUUAUCUUGAACCAGUAGUUGAAAAUCCAAAAACACCCUAUAUGCUUGCUCCUUCAGGACUGCUUUGCAAUUGCGCCUGUCGUGAAUUUGACGAUGAUAGAUAAAGAAUCCGAACCUUAACGAAUAAAUUAUUCAGCCCUCCUUGAAGACCCUGGUGAGAGUGAUUAGCAUAUGCUCAUAUUACAAGGCACUGAAU